GGCAUAUUGAAGAAGUCUUGGAUAAGUUUGUUAAUUGUCACGAGCAAACAUAUGAAGAAUUUCUGAGCACUUUCACUCAUCUUUCAAAAGAACAGGGCACUGAGGAAUGGCAGGGAGCCACUGGAAAUCUGCUUGCCUCUAACUUUGAUGAAGUUUGAAGAACGCUUUCAUUCCUCCUCACUCCUGUUUCCAAGCGUCUCCAUGCCUAUCUUGCUCCACGCUGCUGCCACUGCUUGUCUCCGCCCUAGGACUGAUGAUUUUACAGCCAUAACUGUGGCUGUAAAAGAGGAAGAAGUCAGGGAGGAUAAUGUGACCAAAAGAGGAGCCUUUGGAACCAAUUCUUCAGAAAACAAUUUUACUUCAGUAAAAUUUACUUGGAGAAAUGAACCAAAUGAUCACCAUCUUAGCAAUAAAGCCAUCUUUCUUCGUACUUCGUCACAGUGUUCAGAAGAGGAACAGAUAGUGAUGGAUGAAGGCCAAAAAGUUGGCAGUUCCUUUCAAGGUGAUCUGAAUCGGGCAGGAAAGGUGAAGGUAGACAACUUCCUUGAUUUAGAAGAUUUGGACUUGGAUGAAGAGAUUAAGCCCCAAAUGAGUAAGGAUUUGCUGCUGCUUCCAGGAGAGGUGGAGCAGGACAUGAGCAUGAGUGUUCCUUCUUACAUUCCUUCCGUGGCCCAGCCUCUUACCUCUGGAGUGAAGCCAAGGCCCACUGGAAAAGGAGCAGACAAACAAAGGGAAGAGAUAGUCGGAGAUGAAGUUCGGCCCUUCUCACUUGAUGAAGAAUUUGAUUAUGACGCUGUGAUGCUAACCCCCAAGUUCACUCCUGCAGAGAUAGAUGCCAUCAAAGAGCUAUGCAAGCAAAAGAGAAAGAGCACAGACUUAGAGAAACCCCGUGACUGAUCCACCAAGACAUCUUCGUGUUUAUUUUUAUUUUGUUCUUAUUCGAGCAACAUUAGAAUAAAAUAUAUACCUACUAUAA